AUGGAUAAUCGGCCUAAGAUCGUGGGAGUCAGUUUCCAAGAGCAACGACAGAACUGGGUGGCCCAUUAUAUGCAAGAUGGCAAAGUUAAGCAUCGUAGUUUUAGCGUUAAGAAAUAUGGCUCCGAUGAAGCCUACAAGAAAGCAGUGCAAUGUAGAAUAGAUAACUUGAACAAGACCAAAAAGCAACCUCGAAUACACCUCGAACAGCACAGCGUUAAAACUAUACAAAAUCUAUCCAUAUCAGGUACAUUGGACGCCCUUAACAAGUGGAGCAAUCACGAUCUACUAGAAAAAUUGAUGAAGGAAACACCCAAAGAUUCUGCCCAGAAACGGUUGAAAUUGAUAAAAAUGGCUUUGCAUUGUAUAUUAGUUGAUUUACAGGACCUAUAUCCGAGACACACCAUUGAACUAUUGGACUACGAUAAAUUUGACCAGUGUUUCAAGAGUCAAAUUCUCGACAUUUGGAAAUCACACGACGUAGAACAACUUAAACCCUUGCUUAGCAUUUAUAAUGAACUUUUUGAAUUACAAAAGCUACCAUGUAUAAUAGAAGAUAGUCAACAAGUGAUGUUGAUUCAAAAAACAGCCUCCCUGUGGGGUGUGUUAUAUAAUGAAUAG